CCUUUAUUGUGAAGAAAGAGAGGGGGUCACUCGAAAUGAGGAAACGGAGGGAUUGAAUGUGCUGCUCGCAGAUGGGAACAAUCCCUCAAAGCCACUGCGUCUCACAUCAUUCACACUGGAGGGGGAGAAAAAAGGCUUCAGAGUGAGCUGUGGGCCAUUCCCGACCAAAUGCAAUGGGGUGCGGGCAACUGGACAAGGGGGUGGAAGUAAUCAAAAGCACAAGAACAGACAGACGGGUGUGGAGGGGGCUAGCAUGACGGAACGGAGAGCAGGGAGGGGAGAAAAUACUUUUCAUAGGGUGUGUGUCAGAGCACCCUGCAGUCCUGAGCACACUCACUCAGAGAGAGAGCGGGAAACAAGAGGGCCAGUGCCUUUGAUCGGUUAAGAUUUGAGUGACUUCCUUCCAUCAUGCGUCAGGUGAUUUUCCUUUUGUCUGCCCUGAUUCCCCUCGUUCUCUGCCAUGGAUGGAACUCCUGGACAAAUUACUGGCAGAGCCAAGGAUACUUUUAUGGCUCCCAGUAUGCAGACAGAGCAUACAGUGUGUCGGCGUGUCCUGACGAGUGUGACUGCCCCUCUUCCUUCCCCGUUGCUAUGUACUGUAAUGGGCGAGGCCUUACCACCGUGCCACCGAUUCCCUCCCAUAUCAAAUACUUGUAUCUUCAACACAAUGCCAUCACAUCUUUGCCUGACUCGGCUCUAAGCAAUGCAACCAAUCUGGUGUGGCUUAUGUUGCAUUUCAACCAGCUGACAUCUGAAUCAAUUGGCAAGAAGGCAUUUGUGAAGCUGGGGGAACUUGAGCGUUUAUAUCUACAAUACAAUAAUUUGACCAGCAUUCCUUCAAACCUUCCCCUCUGCCUGAGAGACCUGAGAAUGGAUAACAACAUGAUUGAGAAGGUGUCACCUGCAGACCUAGAGGGAAUGGAUAACCUCACUAUCUUGUACCUUCAUGAUAAUGCUCUCUCAGAGGUGGGCUCAUCACUGAAGGGGCUGAACUCCCUCACACUGCUUGACCUCAGUAGCAACAAGUUGACAAAGGUCCCAGCUCCGCUCCCUGCAUACCUGCAUCAGCUCUACCUGGAGUACAAUGCCAUCGACUCUAUACCUGAGGGAUUCCUGAGCCUCUUCUCUCAGCUACAGUAUUUUAGGAUGUCGCAUAACUUGCUAACAAAUAAAGGCAUCCCCGCUAACACGUUUAACGUGUCUGGGCUGGUGGAGCUGGACCUGAGCUUCAACAAACUGGAGAGAAUUCCUUCAGUUAGCACCACGCUGCAAUACCUUUACCUGCAAGCCAAUCAGAUCAAAGAGUUUACUGUGGGUAGCUUCUGCAGUGUCGUGGACGUGACAAAUUUCUCCAGACUCUUAAUGGUGCGACUGGAUGGAAACGAGCUCAGUCUUGUGGACAUCCCCACCGACGUGAGCCAUUGUCUGCGCCAGGUUCUCGACAUUGAGAUCUAAGCAUGUGCACAACGCAGUCUGUGGCUCAGUUCACCACAUGCACCUACAGCAGGACUAUUUUUUUUAAAAAACAGGUUACAGCAGAUAUAAGUUGAUAUCUACAGCAGGUAGUGAGUUAGUUAUUAGUGAUUGCAGAGAGCAUCACUGUGAGCGUUACUAGAAAUUCCUCCAGUUAAGAAAGAAAGAAAGAAUGAGAGCCUGGUUUUUCUCGUGUAUUGAAAUUUCAGAUUUACAAGGAUAAAACACCAUAAAUGAGCCUUUAAUCACAAAAAAACAACAGAACCUGAAUGAAAUUCAGGAAUGGUUCUCUGACCUUCAUCCUAUUUACAGCAUACUGUGCUGUAAUGAUUCUUCCUCCACGUGUCUUAAUGCAUGCGCAAUCAUCCAUGUAGGGAAAUCUCAAAAAGUUGAUUUUGUUCAUGUGGACGUAGCAUUUUCAGUGGGAGAAACAUUUUGUCACUCAUUCAAGUGACUUCUUCAGUCUCAUCUGGACGUAGCGUCACCAACCUGUUUAUAAGGUUGGGGACGCUACGUCCAGAUGAAUAGAAUCAACUUUUCGGGAUUUCCUCCAUGUGUUUUAUUGCUUUGUAUAAUAAGGUGCUGAAUAACGGUUUGUAUACUGUGAAAUAUAUCAUUUCAAAUAUAGAUCAUAUGUAGAAUACUAAAACAUUAUUAUGGUGUCUACUGCAUGAGAAUAUGUUAUUGCACUUGGUUAUAUUAGUUUAUCUUUCUGAGAGAAAAAUGCUGUGACAGCUUGAUUCUGUUUAAGAUCGUCUUUUUGCACAGUGAAAUUUUCUUAGAGAAACAGAAAAUGUCUCUGUUCCAUGAGAAAAAAAUAAUAUGGAUAUCGUACUGUAGUAAAUCAGACAUGCGUGGGGCUCGUGGUCUGUGAAUUAGGAGCUAUGUAAACAUUGCAUGGAUUAAUUAUUAUCCUGACAAAGGGUUUUUGUUCAUGAACCCAUUGCAGAAUAAAUAAAGUUAAUAAAGAUCUGUGU